AUGUUCUUUUUUUAAACAAAUUUUUGUUCUUGUUCUAAGCGCACUUUUUGCAUUCCUCACCUCUGUAAAAUGUGCAAAAAGCACCCUCUUGGGCUCUCGCAGUCCCGCCUCUCGGCCCUCUCCCCAAAAACAGUAAAUUUACAAAUGCGAAAUGCAAAUAAUAUUCUUUGUAGGAAAAAAAAAUUAAUAAGAGCAAUUAUGCUGUGCUGUUGUAGGAAAAGUUGGAGAGCCGCCAUUAUGGGUUGCCAGUGGGGAGCAUGCAUAGUUCUAAAUAUUGUUGAAGAAUAUUUUCUUUCCAGCUUCUAGGCACACACAAAAAGUCGGCAACCGCUGCCAGAUCUGCCUUCUCUUUUCGUUACUGAUUACCUUCCCGGAUAUUGUCCGCCUUUGUUUGAUCGUUCUCUAUUUUCCAAUCAAUUUAAAGGUAAUUUCUUUUAGUUGGUUAUUGAUUUCUACUUGGAAUUGUUCGCUAUUGAUCUCGGUUGGUUAUUGCUUUCUACGGUUAUCGCUUACCCAUCCAUUUAUCUUCUGUAAACAAACUCUAACUGCAAUCCAACGUGUCCCCGGACUUAGGUUUUGCUCCUUCCCAAGCCUCCAAUUACUUCUCAUCUUCAUAUAGCUACUGAUUCUUUCUUUUCAAAUUCUUCCUAACUUCGGCAAUGCAGUUGUGGAAUUAGCAUAACCAAAUCAAUCCUACUUUUUUCUGUUUUUGACUGCGGCGGUCGGGGGUUGGUUUAGGGUUUCCUUCCUAUUGGUUGUGGACAAUCUUCCCAUGUACCGCUAGCCACCUUACGGAAGGAAAGAGAAUAAAAGGAUACAAAAUUCGUGUGACAAAUGGGUGAUUUGGUGUCUAUUUACCUCAACAUCGUGGCCUUUAUAUGUACUGCUGGAGCCAUUGCUUUGGCGAUUCUUCACAUCUACAGGCACCUUUUGAAUUACACCGAACCUAUUUUUCAGAGAUACAUCGUCCGCAUCAUCUUUAUGGUUCCGGUUUAUGCGUUGAUGUCUUUCUUGUCCCUUGUUCUACCACUGGGUUCGAUAUAUUUCAAUUCCAUCCGGGAAGUUUAUGAAGCUUGGGUCAUCUAUAAUUUUCUGUCUCUCUGCUUGGCAUGGGUUGGAGGUCCAGGAGCAGUUGUGCUCAGUUUGAGUGGUCGAGUUUUAAAGCCAUCUUUGUGUCUGAUGACAUGCUGCUUCCCUCCCAUGCCACUUGAUGGGCGUUUUAUACGGAGAUGCAAGCAAGGCUGUCUGCAGUUUGUCAUUCUUAAGCCCAUUUUAGUUGCUGUUACACUCAUAUUAUAUGCGAAAGGAAAAUAUAAAGAUGGGAAUUUUAGUCCAAGACAGGCAUAUCUAUAUCUUACUAUCAUCUAUACAAUCUCAUACACAAUGGCUCUAUAUGCUUUGGUAUUGUUUUACAUGGCAUGCAAAGAUCUUCUUCAGCCAUUCAAUCCAGUUCCUAAGUUCAUCAUACUAAAAUCUGUUGUUUUCUUAACCUAUUGGCAGGGUGUUCUGGUUUUUCUCGCUGCAAGGUCUGGAUUCAUAAAGGAUGCUGAAGAAGCAGCUCAAUUUCAAAACUUUAUUGUAUGUGUUGAGAUGCUUAUAGCUGCAGUGGGUCAUCUUUAUGCAUUUCCAUAUAAAGAGUAUGCUGGUGCGAAUAUUGGUGGGUCUCGUGGCUUUACAGGAAGCCUCACUCAUGCCUUGGAGUUGAAUGACUUCUAUCAUGAUACUGUUCACCAGUUCGCACCAACAUAUCAUGAUUAUGUAUUGUAUAACCAUAAUGAUGGUGAUGAGGGAACAAGAAAGUACCGGUCAAGGACUUUUGUGCCAACUGGGCCAGAGAUGGAUGCCGUGAGAAGAAACAAACUCAUGCUUGGAAACAAACUGGAUGACAUUCAGCUAUCCAGUCUCUCAUCGUCUGGUACAAGCACUCCCCAAAACCCUGGCUCUGUACCAGAUUCUGCACGUGGUGACAUGAUAAAAUCAUCACUGCUUGUGGAACCCGCAAAUUCUUAUUCAGUGCCGUAUGAUAUGUCACUUAUCGACAUGGAUCUGUCUAAUUACCCUCCAAAAGUUCCUGCUGCUAAAGAAACUGAGCCUAGGUGACAAUGUGUAGUAAAAUCCUUAAGACAGGUGAGAAGGGUGCAUCCUUCAGGAGUGGGGCGAGAAUGAGUGGAGGGGGAGGAGAGAGCAAAAAAGGUUAGAGUGUCUGACAUGACAUUAUUUCUGACUUUGGGACAGCCUCCUAUGUUAAAUUGUAUGUGUUCCGGUGAUUGGUUUCAAUCUGCUGUAGUGUUUGCUGUAGUCCUCAGCUCCCAGUAUUUUCUCCCUUUUGCCUGUAUUGAUUUCAACCACUGUAAAUUGUAGUCGCUGUUCAUAGCUUUAAUACUGGAACUUAGUGGCCCAGUGGACCGUCUGCCAAUGGUUGUCUGAGUUUGUUGCUAUCUGCUCUGUAGAUACAAAUUACUUAGUUCAUAGUUGAGGGAUCUGAAUUGCGGUCAUGAAAUUUGGUUUCAACUUUUGUUCACUUGACUUUUGCCAAGCUCGGUGCUCUUUUUGCUUGUUAUUCAAAUGAUUUUACCAUUUGAUAUCACGCCAUAUUAGAGUAAUGUUAUUGAUUACUUUCUCCCACAUUGUAGUUGCCUUUCCUUUGAAAUUGAGAGUGAAGGGGGAAAUGGGAAGGGAAAUUGGAUGUUCUGCAGCAUGGCAAUUUUGGGUGAGUUGCAUGUUUAUUACGACUCAAAAGAUGGAUGCUUUUUCUGUAAAUCCUAUUCUACAAUGCUUCUGCCUUUAUUUUGAUUCGUAACUGCUAAAUUGCUGAUGCUGCUCUUACACCUCCCAGUGAAAGUGCCCCUAUUGCCUUGGUUAGGUUGCAUAGCUGAAUAAGCAAUCUAAUAAAAUGCAGUUGUAAUCUAGCAAUGUCAAGACUGAUAGGUUGCCUCUGAUGGUCAUUCUGCACUUGUGAAAUUACCUUGCCAAUUAGGCAUUGAAGAAACCAUUGGUUUAUUGUUAUUCUUACCAUUUAUGUUAUUCAACACGCCUGGUAUAUAACUGUUCUUCUGGAUGGUUAAAGUUUGCUUGUUAUUAUUAGUUUGGAUUUUCUUUUUCUUCUUUUUUUGGUUACACAGCUCAGAAUAAGUUCUUUAGUACUGAUUACUCUUGCUGUGCAAGUUAGCUCAAUCGUAGUAAGCUACCCCGGGCACAAAAGUGUUGUGAGGUCUCGAGUUUAGGUGUUUGUUAUUGAUAUUAUUGCCUUUCAUAGUGCAUGAUGCGUGAAUAAAUGGUUAAACUUGCAAGGAAAAAUAUGGUAUUGAUACAGCAGUUGGCUGCACCUGUCAUUAUUAUCUAAUACCUAAUUCGUAAUCAAACUUCUAAAUAUGGCUUUUCGACAGUUUUCCACGCACGGUUUACGUCAAUUGCUUGCGUGAAUGUAUUGUGGAUAGUUGUAGUACACCCUUGUUUUAAUAAAAUUCAUGAAUCAUCGUCGAGUUCGAUGCAGAUUGCCUUUGAAUUAAGAAUGUUAUUAUGGGAAAUAAACCGCAAGACUUUGACUUUCAGUCGAAGUUUUUAUCAUGGUAGAAUAAUUCGUUCGCACGCAUCCAGGAGAAAGGUGGCUCUGAAUCAUCUUUAUAUUGGUUAGGCGUUUAUAUCGUCACAAAAGUUAUUGUGCUCAUAAGGUGAGAACGACGAAAUUGCAUGUUUUGUAGGGAUAAUCGUUGA